GUUAUGUUUUUCAGUGACGGGUGGAGUCGACAUCUCGUCGCAUCUCUGCAGGAAGAGAGGAGGAAUUUCUUUUCUUUUUUUACUUUCUACUUUUUCACUGACUCUUUGCCACCGCCGAGACAUCGAAGUACUUCUUAGAGAUGACGACGACCACCACAUUUAAAGGAAUGGAACCUGGUGCUAAAAGCAGUUCCAGGGUACUACGACCGCCAGGUGGGGACUCGAGCAUCUCCUUCGGCACAGACGACGGCUCGACCCCACAGCGCAAAGACAAGAUGGCCUCUAGCAUCUUUGGAGAACCCGAGGACCCUCACGCUCAUCGGAGGAACAAUCCACCAACUGGCACAGCUGCAGGGACUCUGUGCGGGGAGCCUUCGGCCCCGUUGAGACGGUGCCAGCAGCCCCUUCUCUUCCCCAAGAACCCUCAGCCGGAACUCACCACCAUCCACAACUCUGGGGCAGCCAUGCUGUGGAACCAGAGACGAGAGGUUGAGAAUGGCCAAGAGCAAGUAAAUGAUGAGUGUACUGACACUGUGGAGCAAGAGGAGCAGGAGCAGCAGCAGCAGCAGCAGGAGACACCAGAGCCCUCUGCCCCAUCGGGAGGUGCCAAUGUCACUGCAGGUGGCCGAAGAAACCCACCUGGUGGCAAGUCCAGCCUCAUCCUGGGUUGAGACUACUUGUUCCGUUUUUCUUUUUGUUUUUUUGGUUCUGUUUUUCAUUCAAACGUUUUUUUUUUUUUUGUUUUUUUUUUAAA